AUGCCACGCUAUGCCUAUGAAGGAGACCGGGUGGUUCAGCUCAAGCUAUANAAAAAUGAUAAAAUAGUUAACCUGAUAUACUACAAGGAUAGAUCUCGGAUAGCCACUUACUCUAACAGCACAAGCCAUAUCAUUUCAAAUGCAAAACCCAGUGACAGUGGCAUCUAUUAUUGUAAGGCAAGUAAGAAUUUGUUUUCACUUAAAGACGAGUUGAAAGAAACAAGUCCUGCACAGCUCACUGUCCAAGAGCUGUUUCCAGCACCUACUCUGACAGUCACACCCUCGCUGCCCACUGAGGGGAACUCAGUGACCCUGUCUUGUGAUACCCGACUCCCUUCAGAUAGGUCGAAGACCCAGCUUCGGUAUUCCUUCUUCAGGGAUGGUCAAAUCCUAAGGUCAGACUGGAACUCAUCAGAGCUUUUCAUCUCAGCAUUAUGGAAAGAAGACUCGAAAUAUUACUGGUGUGAGGCAAUGACAGCAAGUCGCAGUGUCUCCAAGCGGAGUCGUCGAUCGUUUGUACAGGUGCAGGGUGAGUACCAGUGGCUGGGCUGCUUGACAAGCUGCUGUGCUCAGUUCUAGAAGGACCCCUCUCAGACUCAGAAAUACCUGAGGAAGAA